UUCAGCUGAUGAGAGGGCUUGAUAUAAUCAACCCAAAAAAUAAAAGGAAACACAGAACAGUGACUCUAGCGUCUCUCUCCGGCGAACCAGAGAUCUCCAGCGGCAAAACCAGAGGCUCUCUCCUCUCAAUCUUUCGUCGUCUUCUCUUCUCUUUCGUCCCUCUCUCCAUUCGAACUCUCCCUUAGAGUAAACAAUUCAAGAUCAAACUCUGAAACAAGAAUUGAACUCUUGCACUUAUUGGUUGAAACUUCGAAUUAUUUUGAUGCCCAUUAGAUGUUCGAUGAAAUGUGUCAAAAAAAAAAGUGCAAACAUCGUUGGGAUGUGGACCAGGGUUGUCACAUAUCCAUUUAAUUUCUUCUAACAUAUAAAUGACUACUAAUUAGCAGCCACCAAGUUUGUAGGAACUAAACAAGUUUGAAAAUGGUUUGCUCACAACAAUCUGGUUUCUACCUCCAUCUAAUGGAUACAAGCUCUACUUGUUCUUCCAUAAAUAAAUAAUAAUAAAAAAAAUCCUAGUUUUAGUGAAGUUUUACCCUUUAAAUCCAAUUAGCAAACCAAGGGUUGAUGCAUGUGAUCUGGGUAUUGUCCCAAGUAUGCAUUAUGUAAUAACUCAUUGUUAUAUUGGGUUUACAAUACAAUAAAGAAGACAGUUUGUCCUGUUCAGCUAUUAUAACAAGAAAGAAAUUAACCCUGCAAUAAAUGUUCAUUAGCUUUAGCUGUUACAUACAUCAAAUUUAAAUGAAUUUAAUGACUGUUAGAACAAUAUAUUAAAUAUAUGAAUGUGUUAUACAAACAGAUGAAAUAAUGCAAUAAAAGAAUUACUCUUUAUUAGCCUAUUUAAUUGUACUGUAAUGAUAUUGAGUAACCUAUGGUUGGUUUUGUUCAAUUUUCAUAUCAACAAUGUGUUCCAGCAAAUUAAACCAACAGAACACAUCAUUACUAAAUGAAGGUCAGUGUUUUAGAGCUUCACAAUGCAAAGAAGACACAUCUCAAGGACCUCAGAAAGGUGAUCCUAGUGGUACUAACCUUCGUUCUUUUCACCAUCGUCCAUCUCCAUCUCUGUAACAACUGGUCGACAUUUUCUUUGCAGUUCCCUGUAAUUUCCGCUAAUGGUUCAGCAAGACUUACAUUGAAGCAUAAUAGAUGCAACAUAUUUAAAGGAAACUGGGUUCCAUACGCCGAGGGGCCUUAUUACUACACAAAUUCAAACAAGUGUGUGGUCGAUGAUCGACAAAAUUGCAUAAAGUUUGGAAGGCCAGACAGUGGAUACAUGAAAUGGAGGUGGAAACCAGAUGGUUGUGAGCUGCCUCGCUUCGACGCGGCUCAGUUCUUGGAGCUUGUGAGAGGCAAGUCCAUGGUUUUCGUUGGGGACUCUGUGGGAAGAAAUCAAGUUGAAUCAUUGAUGUGCCUGUUGGCUACUAUGGCCAGUCCUGUAGAUGCACCAAGUGUGGGAGGAGCAAUCAGAUGCUGGCUCUACAUCGAUUACAAUUUUAAACUAGCAAUCAUAUGGUCCCCAAAUUUGGUCAAGCUAUCUGUUCCCAACCAAAAUGGUUCCUCCAUCGUGGGUGUCCUGAAUCUAUACUUAGACAAAGUCGACGAGGCAUGGGCAGCUCAAAUUGAACAUUUUGAUUAUGUGAUCAUCUCAGCCGGACAAUGGUUCUCUAGGCCAUUAAUAUACCAUGAAAAUGGUAAGAUUGUUGGGUGUCACGUAUGCAAAAACGAGUCCAUCACCAGUCUUUCGAGGUACUAUGGAUACAGGAUGGCCUUGAGAACCGCCUUCAAGGCCAUUCUGAGCUUACCAAACUUCAAGGGGGUGACAUUUCUAAGGUCAUUCUCUCCGACACACUUUGGGGGUGAGGAUUGGGUGAAAGGAGGGAAUUGCUCGCAGACAAGGCCAUUUCCGCAACAAGAAAUGGAAUCGGAUGAGAGUAAUCUAGAGUUCUACUUGACUCAGGUGGACGAGUUUAGGGUGGCAGAGAGAGAAGCGGGGACGAGAGGGUUGAAAUUUAGGUGGUUGGACAUUACUGAAGCCAUGGUUAUGAGGCCAGAUGGUCACCCGUACCACUAUGGGCACCCACCAAAUAAGGAGAAACAUAUAGCUGAUUGUCUCCAUUGGUGCUUGCCUGGUCCUAUUGAUUCAUGGAAUGAAUUUUUGCUUCACAUGUUGAAGAUGGAAGGACAAGAAUCAGUUGAUGCAACACUCUGAUAAAAUGUGUUGUGCAUCAAAUUAUACCAGAUAAAACUUUGGAUUACAAUAUAAUGUUAGCAAAUUAUGAACACAAUUCCUCCCUUUCUUUUUUCAUCCUAGUCUUUCAUUCUUUAACAAAUUGUUGGAUUCAAUCCCAAUUUCAGCAAAUCCCGGUUCAUAUAAAACAUUGUCAGAUAAUACAAUUAGUUUCACACUUUUAACAUAAUUACACCACUCUUUCUUAAAUUUUAAUUCACAUAACAUGUAGAGCAAUAGAUCAUUCAAUUUGGACUCUUUUUCUUUUGUGUACCUAUAUUUUGAGUUUGUAAUGAGAAACUGUUAAAAAAGAAAUACUCAUCAGAAAAAACGAAAAAGAGAGAAUGAUAUUGAAG